CCUUACUGACAUUGUUUGAUGCAUUUGCAAAAUCAACUUAGCUGUUCAUUUUGCCCUGUACUUGCUGUAGAAAUGUUGGACAGUCUGUGAAACUAGUUAACCGAAGGCUGGAAUAUCUCACAUCUUGUACAGACUUGGUUGAUAAACAGGAGACCGAUGGAUUGAUGACCUCUGAGAGAUUCUUCAGUUGAGCAGAGUCCUCCCAGAAAAAAAACUCAACAAAUCCCCGGGAACUGUUUGCUAAAACUGAAGAGGAAUCGGUUAAUCGGCCUGAAAUGUUUUUGCAGUGUGCACAUCCAUCAGCCUGCCCAGAUGGUGAGACCUUGGCAGAAGUGGACGAGGAUAAAAAACAGGCGGAUAAUUGGGUAGAUAUCAACGAAGCUCAGAGCUGUACACAUCCCACGACCUGUCCAGAUGGCGAGGCCUUGGUCGAUGAGAUGGAUAAACAACAUCAAAUUCUUGGUGCACAAAUGGUCAGAGGACCAGGGAAUGCCGACGAAGCAGCUUUAAAAACCAAUAUCAAGUCCAUCAUGGGAUCUGUCGGUCCAGAGGAAGCAGGACAAACAAACCUGGACCAAGUUCCUGGCCUCAGCAAAGUUGUCAGAUUCCAGCUGCCUCCGGAGACAAUUCGAGCUUCUGACGUUGAUGAUUUACAGGCCCCUUUUUUUGAAAUCGAUGGCCUUGGAGAAUGCUGUGUCAGGACUUUUACGAAUACUUAUCACUCUGAGAAUUGGAUUGGCAUCACAGACGACUGGCUGCUUCAGAAACAAAUCCUGAAAGAAGGACAGGGACAAGCGACCAGACCUGAUGUAGGUCAAGAGGUCACAAUAAAACUGCUUGGAGUCCUGGAAGAUGGGACCAUUAUAGACAAGGACCCAAAGCUUACCUUUGUCAUUGGUGAUGGUGAUGUCAUACAGGCACUUGAAUUCUGUGCAUUUUCCAUGCAAUUGGAUGAAGUUGCUCUUGUAAUCUCUGACGGACAAUAUGCGUAUGGUCACACUGGGAGAGUGCCUGAUGUCCCCGCAGAUGCAACAUUAAUAUAUGAGGUCCAGCUUCUCGAUGUCAGAAAUGCUCCUGACCUGAAAACACUGUCGGUUUCGGACUGCAUUCGGAUCUGUAAACAGAAACGGGAGCGUGGAAAUUACCACUUCCAGAGGGAAGACUACCACAGUGCUGUGAAAUCAUACAACCUGGCACUGGAUGUCCUGAACAUUUCCUCAGAACUUAAUCCCAGUGCUCAGGAAGCAGAAGAAUUGCAGGAAGAUGGGAUAAAGUGUCUAAACAAUUUGGCAGCUGCCCAGCUGAAACUGAACCUCCAAGAUGAGGUGAUUGCUUCCAGUAACGCUGUCCUGCAGCUGGACCCCAAUAAUGUGAAAGCUUUGUUCAGGAAAGGAAAAUUGUUAUCUGAACGGGGUGACUAUGAGGAAGCUAUGGAGACACUCAAGAGAGCACUGAAACUUGAACCAAGCACAAAGGCCAUUCAUGCCGAACUUUCCAAAAUAGUGCAGAAAAGGAUUGGUCAAGGAGGACCCCUGAAGCUAAAAUACAAUCUGUGUCAGAAACGUGGGGAGAAACGAGCAACAUUUCAUUCAGAGCUGCAAAAGUCAGGCCUGGCUAUCCCGUGGAAGUGGCUAUUCGGAGCUGCGAUGGUGGUGAUUGGAAGUGUGGUGACCUCCGUUGUCUUGGCAGCACGAGGCUAAGUGAGAGCGAAAACCACCCCAAAGCUUUUGAAGAAGGUGCAUCUGACUCAGAUGAGAUUGUUCUGGACCGGCUAACCUGUCUAUACUUUCUGACAUUGGCUCAUUUCACGGAAACAGGAAAAGGAUGGAAAAUCACGGCUUCUUUUCACAAUAGCCUCGAUACAGAAUUUGCCCAAUUAGAGAAUUAGCAAGUUUUGAGUGAAUCCAAACUUGGCAUGGUGCAUUUUUAAUUUUUAAAAAAUGGAAUGGAGCAGUAAUGCAACCAAAUAAUUUGUAUAAACACAGCCGAAUUAUUUUAAAUGUUGUACAAUUCAGGCAGGACAAGUAAAUUGACUUGCCUAAGUGUCAAAUUUAAUGAUGACAUUCAUGCCCACUAAAUUGAAUGUUGGAAAUAUUUCUGCAAAGCAUAGACAACUAGUUUGGGAAUAAGACUUGAAAUGUAUAAGCUUGGCAUGCACAGAUAUGAUGGAUCAUAUAGCUACCAGUGGCUGUAAGAUUUCACUAUUACGUUCCAUUAAAGCAGUUGUUGUAAAA